CAUCUAUCGGCGAGAACCUCAACCACGCAGCUUUGUUUACGUUUUUCACUCGCUUCUCGACCUGGUCAGCCCCACCAUGAAUCCCUUGGGAAAUACUCAGGGAGCAACUCCAGGUCAGAGAUUUCUAGGGACAGGCAGUGGGAUAACAAGUGCCGAGAGAGACAAGAUUUAUCAGUGGAUCAUCGAGCUUGCCAAUCCUGACACGCGAGAAAAUGCCCUUCUUGAACUCAGUAAGAAACGCGAGUCAGUCCCCGACUUGGCACCACUUCUGUGGAACUCCUUCGGCACCAUUGCAGCUUUGCUUCAGGAGAUCAUCAAUAUUUAUCCUGCCAUUAACCCGGCAACACUCACUGCCCACCAAAGCAAUAGGGUCUGCAAUGCCCUGGCACUCUUGCAGUGUGUAGCUUCACACCCUGAAACACGAUCACAGUUUCUCGCCGCUCACAUUCCACUGUACCUGUAUCCGUUCUUGCAAACUGUCAGCAAAACACGGCCGUUUGAAUACCUCCGUCUCACGUCCCUUGGUGUAAUUGGUGCUCUCGUGAAGACCGAUGAGCAAGAGGUGAUCAACUUCCUGCUCACGACAGAAAUCAUUCCGCUCUGCCUGAGGAUCAUGGAGUCGGGGUCCGAGCUGAGCAAAACUGUCGCCACUUUCAUCCUGCAGAAAAUCCUGCUUGAUGAGACUGGCCUAAACUACAUAUGCCAGACCUAUGAGAGAUUCUCUCAUGUUGCAAUGAUCUUGGGCAAAAUGGUCAUUGCUUUGGCAAAGGAACAAUCUGCUCGUCUUCUGAAACAUGUGAUCCGUUGCUAUUUAAGACUCUCGGAUAAUCCAAGAGCCAGAGAAGCUUUACGACAGUGCCUGCCAGACCAGUUGAAGGACCAGACCUUUGGUGCCUGCUUAAAGGACGACAAGUCGACCAAGCAUUGGCUCCAGCAGCUCUUGGCAAAUCUGGAAUCUACUGCUGCUGCAGAUCAUCGAAUUACGCUUCCGCCUCUUGCUGCCCAGUGAUGCUGUUUGGAAGAAGAGAAAAUGGGGUUUCUAGGAAGCAACAUCUCAGGGAGUGUGGGUCCCACAGUGUAAGUCGGCACACAAUGUAGUUUCUUCUGGUUCAAAGAAAGCAGCGUCGUACUGCGUGUGGUCUUUGUGUGGAAUGUCAAUCGCCAGGAAUAACUGUCGCAAACUAUAUUCCACAGCCCACACUCCAAGAGACAUACCUUCCUGUCACCAAAAUGUGGCUCUGUGUCGUGUGAAUCUUCCAACUACAGCACGUGUGUUUGUAUGUGUGUCAAGGCUGCUUAUGUGGUGGUUAUGAUUAGAUGAAUAUUUUUGGAGGCAUCAUUUUCUAAUGCCUCUCAUAACCUGGACUGAGAUGGCAGCAUGUCGUGAUAUUAUGAACUGUGCUUGGCGUAAACUAAGCAUUGUUAAUAGACAUUGUGCUUGCGAACUUAGCCAAAAGCAAUUUUGAUUUUGCAAGGCUCAUAAACAUGUGAUUUUUCAUUUGCUAGGCUGUUGAAUAAGUUGAUGAAGAACACUAGCUUUGCAAAGCAGAGGCUGUACUUACCAAACGUGGGUAGUCACUUUACCAUUGUGUAAUAAGAAUGUACAAUGGAGGUUAUAAUUAUUACUGGGUCAAGCCAGGAGCCAGUUAUGGGUUAUUUGUUUUCCUCCAUGAGGUAGACAUGUAAGAUAGAGGGGUCUCAAAAGUAAAAGGGAAGGCUUAAGAGUUGUAUUCAGGUGGUAAUCAAACCCAGUUACAGAUACUGAAACACAAUGUUUUGAUGCUCUCGGUAAUUCUACUUUCACUAUUCAACUCCGGAUAAGAUAUGCCAAAUCAAGUGAAUUUUAAGGUGUUUGCUUAAUCAAGUGACUGAAAAGCUUGACAGGUGUGCAUGAAAGGUGUGUCGUUAAGAGCAUCGUCGCACAAGACAGCGGUGUGCUCACAUGCUUAACUGGUUUGGAAACCUCCCCUGGAUGUGGCCUUAAAGAAUAAUCUUCCUUAUUUGUACCUGCCAACUGAAGCCAAAUUUUUGGGCUUUAUGUAGUCACCUGACACUUGCUUUGAUUGCUGUGCUGGUGGAGAAGAUGCUCGACCAAUGUGUAACUUUUUCACUCUUCGAAACUUGGGGAAGCAAUUGACACGGUGCCUGGCAAUGAUCAAUCAGGAGAUUAGCAGUAUAGUUUUUACAGCGGAAUUUGUUGUGCAUUUAAUAAUUUUUUGGAAAUGGGCGAGAUAGCUUUGGGAUAUGAACUUGUACUUUUAAACAGAGGAACUUCUGAUAGACUUCACAGUUUAGCAAGUAUUAAAAGAGAACAGACAAAAGAAUUAAUAUAUGGAGGAACUGUGAAAAAGAUAGUUAGGUAGUUUGCCUUUAUAACUGGAAAGAUGUCUUCAUUUUAGCCACCUCUGGAAAUUUGGUAUUAUAUCGAAAAUAACCAAAACAGGGUAAGUGUCACAUGCCAAGUCAAAACUGAGAAUAAAAUGAAACUACAGUGUUGAGAAAGGACUUUUAUAUUACGUAGAGUUGUACAGUCCAUAUUUAGAAAGUAGUUUUCUGUGAUUACAUAGAGAAAGGUAAAACUAUUUUUCAGUGUGUACAUAUUUCAUUAGUUAGAUUCAGAGAUUUACUCUGCAGAGGCAAUAGUGAGGAGUACUAGUCUCACGUUUCCGUCAGAUGCUUUGAGAAAAAAUCAGCAGGGAACUUGGGUAAUACUAGGAAGUGUUACUCAGAUUUUGAGUUUUAUGACUAUUAUGUAAAAUUCAGAUGGUAUGGUAAUAGAGGACCAGUUGCAAGGGAUAUAGUAUGCAGGUAUUAAGGUUAUUAAAGGUAAUGACAGUUGUCACAGUUAAAUUCUUCAUAGCAUGUGAAACUUCCAUGAAUAUUUGACUUUUUUCCAAGCAGUUUUUAUGUUUUGGGGAAUAGUUGGACGAUCAUAUUUGGGUAUCAUGAUGAGGAAAGUAUUGUUUCAAGUCUGUGAUUCAUGGUUGUUUUGUCACUGCAGUGUUUUACAUUUGUUUCCCAAUACUUUUUUUUUAGAUGAAUAAAGUUCUUUUGUAUUUUGAGAGAAAUCUUAUAGUAAACUGUUCAAAUAAAAAAUACAAUACGAUUACUAAGGCCUGUUAAUUCUGUACGAGUUUAUCAAUAUUAUUCAAGUGUUCUUAUUAACAUAUUGAUAGGAUAAGAACUAGGAUAUUAUUCUAAAUUCUCACUCGAUUGUUCCUCGAUGUCUUGUACACCACCAUUAACCAUUUCACCCACAUUUCUCCACAAGUUGGAACUGUAGAAAUGUGCAUGCAUUAAAGAAAGUGAACCAGAGUUGAGAAUUAUAUUUUGAAUUGUACAACUAAGAAUUGGAGAAUGUUGGAUUAAUGUUACUGUGUUAAGUGCAUUAAGAUUAAAAGAUUGGGGUAAUUAAUCUCAUGUCGUCAAAAUUUCAGCUGCUCGGUGUUGUGUUGUUUCACUGUUCACAAGGAUGAUCUUCCAAGUCAGUUUCAGAAAUGAAGUGUUCUCAGUUGAGUGGAUUGA